CAGUCGCCCGAAGUUUGUUUUGUUUUCUCUUCGGCAAACUCCUCAGACUGGCAGUGGCUUUCAAAUUAAUUCAAAUUUGGAAGAUUGGAAAUCUGCAAGUAAAUUUUAACGUUUCGUAGGUCGAUCCAAAGCUCGACUUCAGCACCUAGUUUCAUAAAUAGUGACUGAAUUAAAUUAAAAAUUCAAGAUGUUGAUCAAAGUGAAGACCCUGACCGGCAAAGAGAUCGAAAUUGAUAUUGAACCGACAGACAAGGUUGAAAGAAUCAAGGAGAGAGUGGAAGAAAAAGAGGGCAUUCCUCCUCAGCAGCAACGACUCAUCUUCUCUGGCAAACAAAUGAAUGACGAGAAGACUGCUCAGGAUUACAAAGUGCAAGGCGGGUCAGUCCUUCACUUGGUCUUGGCUUUGCGCGGAGGACACUUUUGAAGCCAUGCCUAAUUCCAACUAUAAUCCACUGUGUCUGCUUUCUCGUUCUCAAAUGUAAGCUGCUGAUGAGUAUUGAUUGUAAGGAGAUUGGUUGAUUUAAAUUAUUAACUGGUUAAUAAUUGGUCGAUUACAAAAAGAUAAAACCAAGACUUAACAAUCUUGGUCAAGUCGAAAUGAUUUUGCAAAUAAAAUUUGCUUAAAA